AUGGCCAAAGAUUGCACUGAGGUACAAAAUAAUGGCAAGAACGAAAGUGGAGUUUAUCAAAUUGAUCCUGAUGGUCAAGGAUCUUUUAAUGUCUACUGUGACAUGACUUCAUAUGGUGGUGGCUGGACUGUAUUUCAAAGACGCCAGGAUGGAAGUGUUGAUUUCUAUCGUGGGUGGAAUGACUAUAAAGAAGGUUUUGGUAAUCUUAGUUCUGAAUUUUGGCUUGGAUUGGAUAAAAUAUACCGACUAACAUCUGCAAGGAGAAAUAAACUUCGUGUCGACCUGGGAGACUGGUUAGGAAACAAAGCAUAUGCUGAAUAUGAAUAUUUUGCUGUAAAGAAUGAAAGUAAAAAAUAUCAACUAAGUCUUGGUAAAUAUUCUGGAAAUGCUGGAGAUUCAUUAUCUUAUCAUAAUGGCAUGGCGUUUACAACAAAAGAUUCAGAUAAUGAUAAAAGUGGAAACUGUGCCAUACUACAAGGUGCUUGGUGGUAUGUAGGUUGUUAUGCUUCUAACCUGAAUGGACACUACUAUAGUGGCAACCAAAACAAUUACAAAGGUGUGAUUUGGAAUACUUGGAAAUAUGAUAAUUCCUUAAAGUUCACUGAGAUGAAAAUAAAACCAUAAAGAAUUUCCAAAA